AAUCCUUGGAGCAGCAGACACUCGAAACAGUGAAAACGAACGUGUUCUACCCAAGUGAUUGUAAGUGAAAAGUCGAAUAAAACCUCGAAGCAGGAGACUUUUAGUCCCCAAGAGUAUUCCAGCUCUUAAACGUCAACACUUCCUUGUUCUUCGCACGCACGGUAAGCAGCAUUAAGAAGAUGCCUUGCCCAUUCCUGACUCGCCUCAGCACGAGCUACGUGCGCAACUAUGCGCCUACCCUGCUCAAGACGUACGGCGCGCAGUGUCCGGUGGUGCAGCGUACCAUCUCGACGCUGCAAGGAUCGCAAGGAACCGGAAGCGCUGCCCCGGGAGCUGAAACUGGUUCGAUGGUAGGAAAGGAGGCGAAGGGUACCGAGCUGAGUAGUGCGCAAUCGCGUCGUAAUUUGAGCUCGCAACCGAAGCCCGAACCGGCGCAACAAUCGUCGGUGGAAGGGUCGAAGAAGUGUCCGUUCCUGAGCACGGCCGGACCGCACGUGAAGAAGCUGGGUGUGGAAAGUGUCGAAGUGCCGACGGAGCGUACGUUCGCGUACGAAGAUUUCUUCCACGAGCAAAUCCUCCGCAAGAAGAAGGACCACUCGUACCGGGUGUUCAAGAAGGUGAACCGUUUGGCCGCCGAAGGUCAGUUCCCGCGUGCCCUCGAGUACUCGUGGGGUGAGCGACCGAUCACGGUGUGGUGCUCUAACGAUUACCUCGGCAUGUCGUGUCAUCCGGAGGUAAAGCGAGCGGUCGCGGACGCACUCGAGACGUACGGCACGGGUGCGGGUGGUACGCGCAACAUCUCGGGCAACUCAAUGAACCAUGAGAACCUCGAAAAGCGGCUGGCCCAGCUGCACAAGAAGGAGAGUGCGCUGCUGUUCACUUCCUGUUUCGUGGCAAACGAUUCGACACUAUUUACGCUUGCCAAGGCACUGCCCGGGUGCCACAUCUUUUCCGACGCGGGUAACCACGCGUCGAUGAUCCAGGGUAUUCGGAACAGUGGCGUUCCGAAGCACAUCUUCCGCCACAACGACCCGGCGCACUUACGCGAGCUGCUAGAGAAGGUCGAUCGUUCGCUGCCGAAGAUCGUUGCAUUUGAAACGGUGCAUUCCAUGACCGGUGCCGUGUGCCCGUUGGAGGAGCUGUGCGAAAUCGCGCACGAGUACGGGGCACUCACGUUCGUGGACGAAGUGCACGCGGUCGGCCUUUACGGAGAGCACGGCGCAGGCAUUGGUGAACGCGAGGGCCAACUGCAUAACAUGGACAUCAUCUCGGGGACGCUCGGGAAAGCGUUCGGUAACGUCGGUGGCUAUAUCGCCGGAACGGAGCUGCUGGUCGAUAUGAUUCGUUCGUACGCGGCCGGUUUCAUCUUCACCACGUCGCUUCCACCGACGGUCCUGUGCGGGGCACUGAAGGCGAUCGAGAUUCUGGCAUCCGACGAGGGUCGGGAGCUGCGGUCUCGCCAUCAGGAUAACGUGCGCUACCUUCGUCGGCGGCUACAGGAGGAGGGCUUCCCGGUGGAGCACACCCCGAGCCAUAUUAUACCGGUGAAGAUUGGCAAUCCGCGUCAGUGCACCGAUGUGUCGGAUCGAAUGAUUCAGCGCUUCGGACACUACGUGCAGGCCAUCAACUAUCCAACGGUGGCACGUGGUGAGGAGAAGCUACGGCUGGCUCCGACGCCUCACCACACGCGCCCCAUGAUGGACGAGAUGGUUCGGGACAUGAAGGUGGUCUGGCAGGAGCUUGGUAUGCCGCUGGGCGGUAACCAAUGCCCGGCCGAGUGCGCCUUCUGCCGCAAGCCGCUACUGUUCGAUCGCUUCGAGUCCCGCACCAAGGGAUCGGCGCCGACGGCGUCCUCAAGCUGUGCGGCCGAAGUCAUCUGCCAGAUACCGAACUGCCCGCAGAUUGCCGCCGUUGCCAACUAAAGCUGCAGCGGAUACAAACACUCACACACCCUUGGACAUGACAAUGGUGGUGGUUUCCGUUCCACAACUUUAGCUCAAACUCUUCACGGGUCUUCGCGACAAUAGCGUAUCGACGAUCGAACGUCUGGAGUGUACAAUUUCGGCAAUCUCUGUCUCCCAGCCUAACCCUCCAACGCGCCACAAUCGCAACAUGUGUCGAUUGAUUUCUUUCCACAGCGAACGCUCCUCUCUAUAUACUAUUUAUCUAGAUGUGUACCGAAUUGUUCGUUGUUGUAUUAGAUAACCGCCAGCACGGCGAUAAAUGUUAUUUCGGCUGCAGUGCAGGAUACCUUUACCAUUUAAAUUUGUAUUUGUAGUUUUUUUUUCUUAGUUUCCGUAAGCGUUUGUGUUCAAAACAAAUCCUUUAUCGUCAAUCGACCUCAUUCCAGGCGCUAUAUGAUUGAAUCGUUAUUUGUUUUACUAGUUUGGCCGCACCUUGGCUAAGAAGGUACCCUGCGCCGUGGUGGCAGUGCAAUGAAAUCAGAUUAAUUUAAACAAAUUCGUUCUCCUCACAUGAGUAUGUUCGUCGAUAUGUUGUUGACAAUAAACCAUUGAAACACAAUAAUAUUCCAAUAAAAUAUAUGUCUGUCUAAUAAAAAUAUACUGUGA